AUGGACGAAACGAUACCACAAGCCGUCAUGGCAACCGCCACACCCUCUUUCGACAACACCAGUGCGUGGCAUAACUUUACACUAUGGACAACUCAGCAUCUCAAGAUGAGUAUGAACAUGUCGAGGCUCGCGCCGUCGCUGGAAGACUUGGUGUUGGCAGGACCAAGGAUGGUCAUGAAGCUGGGGAAACUGGGCUCUUUUAUCUCGUUUCCAGAUGCGGUUGACAACUUUGGACAACGAACCAUGGCCGAUCCCACCGAUGCCGGUGUCUUUUCGUCGGCACUCUCGUCCUCGACCAGCAGCACGACAGCCAGCAUACUCAGCGACGUCGCAUCCUCUUCCGCCACUGCCGCCGCCGCCGCCGCCUCUGCUGCUGCUGAAGAUCCUACCGCCUCGGUAUCCCGCUUCUCGAUGGAGGGAGCGAGAGGAAUUGGGAGCGUUUUGAGCUACGCGACAAGCAAAUGGGCCAUAACUUGCAUUGCGAUGGCUAUCCUCUUUAACCGGACGCACAUAUUUGCCGCGACUCGGCGUCGUUUACGACUUGCAUGGCAUAUCCGGGUGCUGCUUCGACUCCCAACCAUCUUGCUCCUGCUCUGGCAGGCUCGCAGACUUCUCCAGUCCAUUCAGUGCCAGACCUCUCCGGAUUUCGCCCAGUUGCGGUGGGGCGAUCCUAACAAGAGCUUCGACGUUAUGUUCUCCGAAGCAAACAGCUUUUUCCAUGGACUGAGCUCAACUUUGCUGUUCGGUGCCAGCGACGAGGAUUCAUGCCGUUCUGUCCGGAUGGUACCAUGGGAUAAUCAGGAACAAUCGGAGCUCGUUGGCUCGCUCUCCCGAUUAUGGCCACUUUUCCUGACGUUUUGCUUUGGCCAGUUUAUGGAGGUGCUUUCGUGCACUGUACAGGGACGCCCGACGGGCACCGAGACGGGCACAACGCUUUUUGAACAGUCUCUGGCUUUUGCAGAAGCUGAUGCUGCUAUCAGCAGCCAGCUCGGAUGGGGUCUUUUCGCCUCCAAUGCUUCUAAAGCAGCAGCGGAUGCGAACAUGGGCACCAAGAUUGCCCUCACACGUGCCAUGAUCAUGAAGCGCGUCAACACACCCCCUGAAGUAUUGCUGGUCACUUUUAUCUCAACCAUGAGCUACGUCACUAGCCACAUAUUGGGAUUGCUGAACUUGCAGCCAAGAUUCCGUCUGAUCAGUACCGGAUUCUAUGGGCUUUGCUCAAUGGGGUGCAUGGUUUGGAGUACCAUCAACUUUUCUGUUGACGAUCCUACCAGCCAGGGGCUGUUGAGAUAUCCCACGGUGUACAUCAUCGGAAUCAUUCCUCACACUCUCAUCUUGAUUGGCAUCAUUUCCUGUGCGGUCAUUUACUUCGUGGCCCUGACACUUUCCGCUCUCGCUGUGCCCGAGGCUGGGACCGGCGGCGAGACGGAACAGCUUACCUUCAAGCAGCGCUUCCUCCGUGCUCAUGCCAACAUGCAGGCAAACGUUUCACUUUCCGAGAUCCGGAUUAGGAUGGAUAUGGACUUUUACACCGCGCUGGUCCGGGCUGGCUUUGGUGCCAUCACCAUGGCUAGCGAGGCGGUUUAUCUUAAUGAGGACCACAAGGUGAACUUGAAGCGGUAUACCUGGCUGGAAGAGGACCGGUUCCGUGAGAUUGAGGACCUGAAGAUGCAGUGGAUCGGAGGCGUUCCUGGAUCUCGGUUUGAUACGGUCGGCACGAUAGGACUUGUGCCGGUUAAAAAUGGACAGCCGGGGGUCAACAAUGGGUAUGCCAGGGAGAAGUCGGCGCAGCAGGUUUCCAAGAAGGACGGUACUGGCAGGAGACAGAGGGAUGGGGUUGGGGCUGCGGAGAGGAGUUCCAGGUGGCUCAUGGCGGUUGAUUACAUGAUGCAUAUUUCGCGUCUUGUGGUGGUUACUUGGGCAUUGUGUACGGUCAGGUUUCUCAGGUUUGUUGGUUGGAGGAACCCGCCGCGUUGGCUGAGGGGGUUGUCUGAACGGCCGAAGAAGUCGGACGGGCGGGAUAAGAAGGGGAGUUCGAGACAGAAUGGGGAGUCGUAUGCUGAUAUUCUUUCUCCUGGCAAUGGGGGUUAUUUUACGAUUCCGCGGGACGACCAGGUUGAUGUGGAGGAGCUGCUCAGAAGUAGGAUGGACAACCGCAACGAGGCAGAAGUCGACACCAAGCUCUACAGCUACUUCUUGCGGGAUGGCUGGUGGGGGAAUAAGGACACCAGCGGGGAAUACGUCCCCUCCCACCCUUUGAUCACGGCCGGCAACGAGGAGAUCGAUGUCAACGACCCUGACUUUGACACGACAAGCAUGAUCUCCACGACAGAGACCUCUAUCGAGAGUGACUUUGGCUGGGAGACUGACAAUGACAACAACAACGACUGGCUUGACGACGGGCAGCGAACACCCACGCAGCAAAACCCCGGCACCGAGCUCACCUCCGCUCUCGUCUCUGCCCUCCAGCGAUCAAGGGAACCCUCCCCCGUGUUGGACACCCCCAUCGACCCAACCACCCUCGCCCGACUUUUACACCCCCAGUCCGCCGCCGACCGAGACGAAGCCCAGACCCUGGCCGCCCAUUUAUCCUCCGGCACGAUAAUGACGCGCUCCAAGUACAAGCAAGCGCUCCAGCGGCAGCGAGCGCAGAUUUUGCUCACCACCCUUAACCGUGGCAACCCGCUGCAGAGGAUGAGUCCAGAAGAGGAGGAAAGACAGCUUGAGCAGCUGCUUCUCACUCGGCGGUCGGAGGCGCAGGCGAGGGGGGGGCAGGAGUCAUGGAAGGAAGGGGGGGCGGGGUUGGGGGCGGAGGGGCCGCAGUGUGUGGUUUGUCAGUGCGCGCCGAGGACGAUUAUUGUGUGGCCGUGUAGGUGUUUGGGGUAUUGUGAUGAUUGCCAGGGUGAGCUUGGCGAUGAACAAUUAUGA